AUGGCGGCGGCGGCAGGGCAGUCGCAGCUGGUGGUUCUGUACUUCACGGCGGCUUGGUGCGGGCCAUGUCGGUUCAUGGGCCCUGUGUAUGAGAGCUUGGCAGGGAAGUAUCCAGGGGCUGUGUUCAUGAAGAUUGACAUAGACGAGCUUGGGGAGGUGGCCGAGAAGUGGGGCAUCAGCAGUGUGCCAGCCUUCUUUCUCCUCAAGGACGGCAAGGAGGUCGACCGGGUGGUUGGCGCCGACAAGGCUGGGCUUGAGAGGAAGGUUGCGUUGCAUUCCAGUAAGUAA